AGCUCCCUCUCCUCCUCCUCCUCCUCCUGCCCCCACCGCCACCACCGCCACCGCGCACCCCCUCCCCGAGCCAGGCGGGGGGGUCGCCCGGCUGCCGUUGUUCUUCUGGAGGGGAGUCGGGAGGGGAGGCGCAGAUGAGCCCCUGCUGACUUGAGAAGAGGCUACGCUGAUCGCGGAGAGGAACUGGAAGGGGAGAGGAAAAAGAAAAAAAAAGAAGAAAGAAAGAAAAAAAAAUCCAACCAAAAAAAAAAAAAAACCAACCAACCACCAACCGCAAAACGACCCAAACUCGGAGAGCGCCGGAACAGCCGCGUCGCCAUGAGCAGCGCGGCCGUGUUGCUGCCCCGGCUCCCGGACCCCAGCAGCAGCUUUCGGGAGGAUGCCCCCCGGCCCCCGGUGCCCGGGGAGGAAGGAGAGAACCCACCACCGUGCCAGGCGGCGGGGGCGGCGAAGGGCCAGCCCCCCAAGCCCGCGCCCGUCCCCUCCCACGCCCGGCGCAACGAGGACGGGCUGGGGGAGCCCGAGGGGCGGGCCUCCCCCGACUCCCCGCUGGCGCGCUGGACCAAGUCCCUGCUGAGUCUGCUGGGCGACCAGGACGGGGCCCACCUCUUCCGGACGUUCCUGGAGAGGGAGAAAUGCGUGGACACCUUGGACUUCUGGUUCGCCUGCAACGGGUUCCGGCAGAUGAGCCUGAAGGACGCCAAGACCCUGCGUGUGGCCAAGGCCAUCUACAAGCGGUACAUCGAGAGCAGCGGCGUGGUGGCCCGGCAGCUGAAGCCGGCCACCAAGGCCUACAUCCGCGACGGCGUCAAGAAGCAGCAGAUCGACUCGGCCAUGUUCGACCAGGCGCAGACGGAGGUGCAGGCGCUGAUGGAGGAGAACGCCUACCAGCUGUUCCUCGCCUCCGACCUGUACCUCGAGUACGUGCGCAGCGGCGGGGAGAACACGGCCCACUUGGGCGGCAGCGCGCUGGGCGGCCUGCCGGGGGUGUGCGGCUACCUGCCCACCCUGAACGAGGAGGAGGAGUGGACCUGCGCUGACCUCCGGUGCAAGCUGGCCCCCACGGUGGUCGGCCUGUCCAGCAAGACGCUGAGGGUGACGGCCGCCGUGCGGUCCAUGGAGGCUGUGGAAAGCGGAUACAGGCCCUUCAAGCGGAGCGACCCCAUGAGCCCCUACCACGUGGGCGCCGGCUACGUCCUGGCGCCCACCACCAGCGCCAACGACAGCGAGAUCUCGAGCGACGCACUGACGGACGACUCCAUGUCCAUGACGGACAGCAGCGUAGACGGCAUCCCGCCCUACCGCCUGGGCAGUAAGAAGCAGCUCCAGAGAGAGAUGCAGCGCAGCGCCAAAGCCAACGGCCAAGUGUCUCUACCUCAUUUCCCGAGAACCCACCGGCUGCCCAAGGAGAUGACCCCCAAGGAGCCCGCCACCUUCGCGGCCGAGCUGAUCUGCAAGCUGCAGAAGCUGAAGCUGGAGCUGGAGAGCCGGCACAGCCUGGACGAGCGGCUGCAGCAGAUGCGGGAGGACGAAGAGGAGGGCUCCGAGUUGGCCCCGAGCUCCCGGGAGGUGCUGCCGCCGCCCCAGCACCCCCUCUCCCUCCUGCCCUCCGGCAGCUACGAGGAGGACCCGCAGACCAUCCUGGAUGACCACCUGUCCAGGGUCCUCAAGACCCCCGGCUGCCAGUCCCCUGGCCUGGGCCGCUACAGCCCCCGCUCCCGCUCCCCCGACCACCCCCAGCAGCCGUACCGGCCCCUCCUCCCGGCCGGGGCCCGGCUGCCCCCCGCGGCCAGCACCUCCCCAGCUGCAGCCGGCGGCCCCCUCCUGGGCGCCAAGGGCUUCGCGAGCAGGCCGCCGACCAAGCACGUCCACCACCACUACAUCCACCACCACGCCGCGCCCAAGUCCCGCGCCGAGCUGGAGGCCGAGGCCGCCCAGAGGGUGCGCUGCUUCUGCGCCCGGGGCCCCGACCACCACUGCUGCAGCCAGUGCCCCGGCCGCCCCCGCCCUCCCGAGCCCGCGCCUGCAGAGCUGCUGGGGCCCAGCCGCGGUGGCAGCACCCUGCCGAGACGCGGCAGCGGGAAGAGCGCAGAGCCAGGCCUUGCUGCCCGGGAAGGGGGGGCCCCCGGUGGCCCCGGGGCGCUGCAGCUGCCGGCCGAGGAAGGGGACAGGUCCCAGGACGUCUGGCAGUGGGUGCUGGAGAGCGAGCGGCAGAGCAAGCCCAAGGCCCCCAGUGCGCCAGGCACCAAGAGGACCUACCCCGGGCAGCCCGCCCGCGGGCCCCCAGCCGACCGCGCCAGUGGCCGGCACCACGUGUGGGGGGGCGGCAGUGGGCACCCCCGCACCGCCGCCCGCACCCACCCGCUGACCCAGGACCCCGCCGUGCCGCCCCUGACACCCCCCAACACCCUGGCCCAGCUGGAGGAGGCCUGCCGCAGGCUGGCGGAGGUCUCGAAGCCCCCGAAGCAGCGGUGCUGCCUGGCCACGCAGCAGAGGGACAGGAACCACUCGGCCCCCGGGCAGACAGGAGCCGCGCCCUGCUCCGGCCCCAGCCUGGCCGUGGAAGAACACAGGGAGCCCAGGAAGCUGGCCGGCGGCCCCGCCCUGCAGGCCAGCGAGCUGGUGGUCACCUACUUCUUCUGCGGAGAGGAGAUUCCGUACCGGCGGAUGCUGAAGGCGCACAGCCUCACCCUGGGCCACUUCAAAGAGCAGCUCAGCAAGAAGGGCAGCUACAGGUAUUACUUCAAGAAGGCCAGCGACGAGUUCGCCUGCGGAGCCGUGUUCGAGGAGGUGUGGGACGACGAGACGGUGCUGCCCAUGUACGAGGGCCGGAUCCUGGGCAAGGUGGAGCGGAUCGACUGAGCCCGGACGGAGGAGGAAGGACGGACGGACGAGGGCCGCGGAGGGGCCGGCAUGGACUAUUUAUUCAGGCGCGACCACUCGCGGCGGCCAGGGACUCAGAGGCCCCGUGGAGCGUUCCGGAGGGGGACCCCUUACUGAUAUUUAU